CUGACAGGAUGGCCAUGUAAACACAAACAUGCUUUCCGGACCGUAAGGCAGUUUUUCCAAAGGGGUUUUUGCAGCCGAGUAAUACUAUUCUCCUGAAGUCACAGCUUAAACCAUCGUUUUUCAUCACGUUCUACGUAUUUUUCCAACGUAUUUGUGUUCUUGGUAAGGGGAAAAAAUCGACUAUUGCACUUUUAAUGCGCUAGUAAGCACACUGUUCAGCACGCUAGUCUGGUGCUGCUCUGCUCUGGCUGCUCUGCGCGUCCCCACCGCUGGGUAGUGUGUGUGAGUUUCAGAGAGAGAGAGAGAGAGAGAGUGUGUGUGUGUGUGUGUGUGUGGAGUUUCUGCGGGGAGACGCUCCGAUGGUGCUGAAUUUUUCCAAGAUGUCGUCGCUGGAACAGAGACUCUCCCGAAUCGAGGAGAAACUGAAGCAGGAAAAUAACGAACCCCGCAGACGGAUCGACCUCAACAUCGACAUGAGCCCGCAGCGCUCGCGCCCGAGGCCCAUCAUCGUGAUCCAGCUCAGUCCUGCUCCAGCCCCUUCCCAGCGCGCAGCUUUGCAGCUGCCGCUGGCUAACGACGGCGGGAGCCGCUCCUCUUCCUCAGAGAGCUCACCACAGCACCAUUCGUACCCCAGUCGACCACGACACAUGCUCACGUUGCCUACGCCACCCUAUGGCCUGCAGAAGAGCUUGGAGAAUGCUGAAAUCGACCAGAAACUACAGGAAAUCAUGAAACAGACGGGUUACCUGAAGAUUGACGGACAGCGUUACCCUGCGGAGGUGACGGAUCUGAUCAACGAGGGCGAGAUUGGAAGUGGUACCUGUGGACAGGUGUUCAAAGUGCGCUUUAAGAAAACUGGUCAUGUCAUCGCUGUUAAGCAAAUGCGGCGGACGGGUAAUAAGGAUGAGAAUAAGAGGAUACUUAUGGAUCUGGAUGUGGUCUUAAAGAGCCAUGACUGCCCGUAUAUCAUCCAGUGCUAUGGCGCCAUAGUCACCAACACCGAUGUGUUUAUUGCUAUGGAGCUGAUGGGGACGUGUGCGGAGAAGCUAAAAAAGCGGAUCCAGGGGCCCAUACCAGAGUGCAUUCUGGGGAAGAUGACCGUGGCGAUAGUGAAGGCUCUGCUGUAUCUGAAGGAGAAGCAUGGCGUCAUCCACCGAGACGUGAAGCCCUCAAACAUCCUGUUGGACGCUAAAGGCCAGAUCAAGCUCUGUGAUUUUGGAAUCAGCGGCCGCCUUGUCGACUCCAAAGCUAAAACCCGCAGCGCCGGCUGUGCUGCUUACAUGGCGCCUGAGCGAAUAGACCCUCCAGACCCCAGUAAGCCUGACUAUGACAUCAGAGCCGAUGUUUGGAGUCUUGGCAUCUCUCUGGUGGAGCUGGCUACAGGACAAUUCCCAUACAAGAACUGCAAGACAGACUUCGAGGUGCUGACCAAAGUGCUACAGGAGGACCCUCCUCUUCUGCCUCUCAGCAUGGGCUUCUCCCUCGAUUUCCAGUCCUUUGUUAAAGACUGCCUCACAAAGGAUCACAGAAAAAGGCCAAAAUACCACAAGCUGCUUGAACACAGUUUCAUCCGGCGCUACGAGGUGUUGGAAGUGGACGUGGCAGGCUGGUUUCAGACAGUGAUGGAGCGCACCGAGUCUCCACGCAGCAGCCAGUGCUACAGCCAACACCAGCUCCACUCGCUGUUCAGCAGGUAGCCGCGCAUGCAGAGACGAGCGGACGGAGAGACAGAGGGACGGAUGAAGAGAGAGCGUGGAGGGUUGUGUGUGAAAAGGGGAAGGGAUGGAGCAAGUGAUAAAGGCUGGUUUGAGACAGAGUAAAGAUGACUGACAGACAGACACGGGCAAGUGUGUUGUAAAUUUGAAACUUAUUUAUAUUUAUCUUUAUAUAUUUUUUUCUUUUCUUUUCAUCCACCACUCCAUCAGGACGGACAUUAGCCUUAGGAGUUGCUAGUCGUGCACGUUCACAUGUAUAGUGUCAUACACAUUCACUACCGUUAUAAGCUAUAGAGCACUGUACAGUGUAAAGCGAGAGCUGUGAAUAUCAUCACAUCUUACAUCACGUAUUGACUUCAAAUCAGUGUAAGCCAUAUGGCUGCGCGGUGUGUGUAGCCGCCCUACGUAGUGUGUGUACAGUUUUGUGUUCAUACUGAUACUGUGUCCUUCACCACGGUCGUUAGCUCCACAUCCUCCAUUAGCCCCUUACUCAGGGACUGAACAGAGUAGUCGAACAACACUGAGCCAAGGUGUGUGUGUGUGUGUGUGUGUGUGUGUGUGUGUGUGUUUUGUGCAUUUGUGAGUAGUCCUAUUAGAUCUAAUUUUUAAUAUAUGGCAGGUCCUCAUUUUCCUGGACAGCUUCGCGUGUCCGUAGAUAUUUAAUAACUCAAGGAAAAUAGAUGGAAACAGUAGUAUUCUGAAAUGUGUGUUUGUCCGUAACAGAUCUACCACACGGUUAGAAAAUUAGGACUUGUUAGAAAUAGUGCUUAAAAGUGAUUGACUUUCAACAUUUGCUGAUGGGAAGUUAUUUUGCUGUAAAGACAAAAUAAAAAAAAAAUUAGUUUAGCUUGUAGCAUUUAAUCUAGACCAUACUUUUAUUAUACACACCUCAGGAGAGUUAUAGGUAUGCAAGCAGGAAAAAAGACUGAGAGGGGAUUUGUUUGCUGUCAAAGAUAAUACCCACCUAAUGCCUGGUUUAUGCUUCAUCAGAAGCACCAGAACGUUCCUGGUUUUACAGAAUAUCAGAGAGUUUCUCGGCUAUUUGCAAGUAGUGUCCAGAUGGAAGCGCCUUUUCUGACUAGCCUCCACAGAGGUGAGGUUGUCAUAGCUUUCGAUAUUAUCUGAGGAGGUGGUUAUGUUGGACUGGAUACAUAAAAAAUUUAGCUAGCUAAGCCACAAAAAAACCAGUGACUUCAUAAGAAACACCUUUAUUGUGUUGACUUGACCAACUGGACAUAUAUAAAUGAACAAAUUCAAAAAGAAAAUGAAGCAUCACAUUCAUUAACAUCACCUGGUUGAUCAAACAGGCUAAUAAACAUUCACUGUGUUGCUGUUGGGGAAAUGACCAACAGCUUAGCUACUUUACAUUGCAUCUCAGAGUUCAUCGAGUUAAAGGUGGUACCAAUUCCCACCCAUUUCACUCUUUACUUGUCUCUACUGGCCAAUCACAGCUCAGUUGGGCGGCACAUUUAGAUCCAACCAUUGACAUCCCCCAAUCAUGAACUUCUCCAAAGUGCUUUUCUGAUGAAGAUUUCAGGAACCACAUUGUAAUGGAGCAUAAACCAAGCUGAAGUGAUCAAAAGGAGAAGAAUUGGCAUUGUGGCUAAGCUGUUCUGUAAACAUUUCUGUAAAGAAGAAGGGAAGGUAAGAAAAGGAGAUAAAGACAUGUCUGGAUGGAAAGAUGAGGACUGAAAAUAAAUUCCAUUGAACGGUCAAUGGAACAUUUUUGGUUUUGUCGCCCGUCCAACUCCAUCUAAAUCAGACCUUUUAUCAUUGUCAUCAUUAUCAUUCUGUCUUUCCAUUAUUUUACCUCGUUCCAUUCACUUUCGGCUUGUUGUUUUCACAUUUAAGUUCAGCAAACCAAAGCAGUGUAGGUUUGUCUCCUUUGUCACCAGUCCACAGCUUGCAGAAUAGCCACAUUUCCCAGAACCAAAGCCGUAGCUGAGAGGUCACUGCUCUUAAAGCCAAAUCACUGCACGAGCGAAAGGAGAAAAGAGAGCGUGAGCGAAGAAAGAAAGUGGGGUAGGGAGAAACGGGACACUGUACGUCGACAGAAGGAUCAGUACGAGUAGAAGAGCGGCAGGAUAUGCGAAAGGCGUCUAAAGGAACGUGAAGGAAUUUGGGAAUGUAGGAACGGACAGAUGAGGAGAGAUGGGAAAGGAAAGUGUGACGGGAGUACUAAGGUUUUUGGAGUGUAUAUUUUCCUGACGGUGUUGAGGUUAGCGUUUGAUCUUCACUGACUGCUGGACAUUGCAGAAAAGCUUUCCACGGUAUCAAACCAAUAUACCUGUUUUUUUUUUUCCUGUUUAUUUUUUUUAUUGCUAGGGACAAUUAGUGUGUUAUUUUUAUUGUCUUAUUCAUUGUUGUUGAAUCUUUUUUUUAAUUAUGAUUAUAUUUAUUUAUUGUUACUGCUGCUACUGCUUUUGCUUUAGAUGCUGCUGUUGAUUUUUUAUUUUUUUUUGUUCCCCAAAGGACAGUAAGUUUUUUUUUUUUUUUUUUUUUUUUUAUGUUUCCCAAAACCAAAAAACGUGAAACGUUGCAAUGUCUACACAUUAACCAAAUACAUGCGAGACUGAACGUGAAUAAAAAGGCUGUAAGAUAGCAUCAAGGAUUUUUUAUUUUAUUUUAUUUUUUUUUAAAUCAUAUAUAGUUUUAGAAAGUUCUAGACACUUCACGACGAUACAAACACAGUGUUUCAAUUUCAUAGCUAACUAAUUAUUGGUAGAACAAGUAUUAAAGAUGCGAGUGGUCAUAUUUAUAUAAGAGCUCUAUUUCAGCAGUUAGCUGUAAUCAUGUAGGUAGGUGUGAUUUGUGUUAGCUUUAGUCUGUUCCGUCCUGUGGUGGAUGUAGCGUUUUGAAAUUUCUCCUCAUUGUUUUUUCUGUUGAAUAGCAGUCUGGGUAGAUGGGCUUCAACAGAAAGGAAGCUUUAUAAGUUUAAAAAUUGAUAUUACAAUACCUAUGAGAUGGGCUUCACCUUUUUCCCCGAGUCUGCCAUCUUUAUCAGCAUAUCUGCAUUAAAUGCACUAUAAAAUACGAUAUUGUGUACAGUAUAAAAAUCUCCAAACCUGCCGGCUUGCCCCACAUGAUCACUUUCUGUCAGUUUGUCAGUCAGUCACUUGCUCUUUCUGAGUGUAGAUCUUGUGAAAUGUCACCCAGCUAAAGGUGUCAUCCAUUUGUAAAAGAUUAAACUACAACCGAAAGCAUAUUAAUGCUGAGUCAGCACGGUGAUACUGACACUUCUGUAUGGCUUGUGCAGCCACUGUGCUUGCUAAAUUUCACAUGCAGAUAAGAGAGAUCUGUGGAACAGCCUAAACCACGUUUACAUUUCCACACAUUUAACUAGCACAACCAGUUACGUUACGAGUAUGUUCCCUGAAUGCGUUUACAUGCAUACUAAUAAUCCGAUUAUUACCCGAUCUCGGCAUUCACUGCAUCAUUAUUAUUAAAAGUGGCCGUGUAAAUUCACAUAUUUACGGCAUUCACGUGAUUGUGUAAAUAGCAUACUACCUUUUAAAUCUCAUUAUAUACAUUUCAAGAAAGUUGCCACCUAGAUUUCAUCCGAAUAAUCAGAUUAUUUAGCAAAUGUAUAGUGUUAAUGUGAUCUCUUUCAUUUUUUAAUUUUUCUGACUGAUAUAGAAGGGUAAUUUUUUUUUAGUAGAGUCAGUUUGAUAACCUUAUGUCUGAGCCACACUAGAGGAUAAUUUUGCCCGAAUCAGAAGCUUCAGAUGAGCGCCAGUUUGUCCGAUUAUCUUCUCCGAUUAUACUGUGGUGUGAGGUGUGUAUAUUUUUAACCCCUCGGAUUUACUGGAAUCUUGACGUCUUGCAUGACAGACUGAUAACCAGUAAGCUGAACUGUUGUCACUAGUGUUUGUUCUGAUCUGAAGUCAGAUUUUUUUUUCCACAAGAAAUUCUGCAAAAUCCCAGGUUUCGAAGCUCACGAUCAUUGGUCAGUUAGGCUAAGCGUGGGUUGUAAGCUUAAUCGGUAAUAUAGUGUUUGGUGUCUGUCAUUAUGUCUGGGGUCUCGAAUGUUCUACCUCUGUUAACAUUGUAUAAAUACUGUAGUGUGGAUCAGACAUUAAAAACUCCCAAAUACAAAUUUAGCACUAACUUGACUCGAUAAAAAACAUAACAAAGCUGAUAUAUUUUUAAUAUUGUAUACCUUAUGAAAAAGAACUUGUGUAACAUUUAUAAAUGCUAAUCAGCUGUUUAGUCAUGAAAAUGGUUUAAAUAUUUACAAGUUGCCUAAUGUGUAAAGUAGUGAGGUCCUGAUUUCUCCUUUUGAGGCGAUAUCAAUAUCAGAGCUGUGAGUCGGCUGAUAACCGAUCUUGGGCCCCGAUACAGACACUUUGCUAUUGAAAAAUAUUUAUAGCAGCAUUAC